AUGCCUCAUUCAUCCCGCUCGAGCCAGGCGGAGGUGCCUUCCGUGACCAGCUACGGGCAGGUGAUUGAGUACAUUCAGGACCGUCUGUAUCUCGCAUCUUAUACCCACACGCCAGACGAGAAGACCCCAUUCCCAUACCCAGCGCCGAAGCAGUCACGAUCACCACAUAAAAGGUCAUCACGCGCACAGGGCGGUGCACAGAGCGUUUCUGGGGCUGUUUCUUCGCAGCCGCCUUACUACUUCUCCAUCGAUCGGAGCCUGUUAUACAACGCCUUUCACGCGGACUUCGGCCCUCUGCACAUUGGUCAUCUCUACCGCUUUGCCGUGCAGCUCCAUGAGGUCCUUGGACAUCCCGACAACGACUCUCGGCCAGUCGUGUUCUGGAGUCAUGCAGAUUCGCGCAGUCGCGCAAAUGCAGCAUGUAUUCUUGCAACCUACAUGGUUCUAAUUCAGAAUUGGCCACCUCAUCUUGCAUUGGCCCCAAUUGCUCAGAUGGACCCUCCAUGCAUGCCCUUCCGUGAUGCGGGUUACAGUCAAGCGGACUACUCUCUCACCAUCCAGGAUGUAGUCUACGGCGUCUGGAAAGCCAAGGAGGAGGGUCUUGUCGGGCUGAAAGAGUUCAGCCUAGAGGAGUACGAGAAAUAUGAGCGCGUCGACAUGGGAGACUUCAACUGGAUAUCGCCAGACUUCCUUGCUUUCGCAUCGCCACAACAUCAACCAACGACUAUUGUUCAGCAAAAUGAUCCGCUGUAUGCUCAGCUUCCGCGCUCUAUCGGUGCCUUGGCUCGGGACAAGAGCCUACCAACACCGUUCAAGAACGUGCUUGCUCACUUUGCCGAACGAGGGAUUGGCUUGGUCGUUCGAUUGAAUUCAGAGCUUUAUUCACCAAGCUACUUCACAGCGAUGGGAAUCAAGCACCUGGACAUGAUCUUUGAUGAUGGGACGUGCCCUCCGCUCACACUCGUUCGCAAAUUUGUCAACCUGGCGCACAGUACGAUCAAUGACAAGCACAAGGGAAUUGCUGUCCACUGCAAGGCAGGACUUGGACGCACCGGUUGUCUCAUCGGCGCAUAUCUGAUCUAUCGUCACGGUUUCACCGCCAACGAGGUCAUUGCAUUCAUGCGGUUCAUGCGCCCUGGAAUGGUCGUCGGGCCACAACAGCACUGGUUGCAWCUCAACCAGGGUACAUUCCGCGAGUGGUGGUUUGAGGACACCAUGAGGGAGAAGAUUUUGGCAUCAAUGCCGCCCGCCACACCCACAAGAUUACAGUACUCGAGCAGCAGGCGGCUUGCGAGCAACGGUCAGACUUUCACGCCGCCAAACGCGGACCGACAUGCAAGCAGCCCGAGGCGAGCGCUGGGAGAGAUUACCAACAAUGAAGCUGCGUCGAAUCCAGGACACAGCUCAACUGAGGACUUGAAGAACAGUUUGGGCGUGGCAGACGAAAAUCUUCCAGCGCCAACUCCAGGACAACCACGAAAGACCAACAAAAUCUAUGGCGGGCGACGCGUGAUGACGGAGAACCAGCCCUUCGACAUCAAGCCGGACAGUGAGAUUGUCAGCAUCCAGAGGUCGAAAGUCAGCGUGGAUCCAAAUGAGAGCGAGGAAGAGUAUGCUCUCCGCAUGCUUUCACGGAAAGCCAGCCAGUCUCCUAUCAGCCGGAGCGGCAAGCGCCGAGCAGUAUCUUGCACCACCACAACCACGACAACGACGAAGUGGGAUGUUCCGGCCGAUGGUAGUGACGCCGAGAAUCGUCCAGCUAUUGCGGAAGAACUAGGCCUGCCCGCCAACGACAGGAUGGCCAGCCCGACCAGACCGAAGACCCCAGGUGCGAGAAGUGGCAGUGGUGUUGGGACACUAAGCGUUGGCAAACGCUCCUCACCGAGUCGCCGGAGCACCGAGGGCAAGACGAGUGUGCGAAAGACUAGCGGGCGGGUUGGCAGCGCUGGUGGCCCUCAAGGACUGCGGGCACAGAAGAGCUCCUAG